AUGGUGACGGGCAAGGCCAGACAGGUCACAUGGGUCCAGAGCCAGGCCAGACAGGUCACAUGGGUCCAGGGCCAGGCCAGACAGGUCACAUGGGUCCAGGACAAGGCCAGACAGGUCACAUGGGUCCAGGGCCAGGCCAGACAGGUCACAUGGGUCCAGGGCAAGGCCAGACAGGUCACAUGGGUCCAGGGCCAGGCCAGACAGGUCACAUGGGUCCAGGGCCAGGCCAGACAGGUCACAUGGGUCCAGGGCCAGGCCAGACAGGUCACAUGGAUCCAGGGCAAGGCCAGACAGGUCACAUGGGUCCAGGGCCAGGCCAGACAGGUCACAUGGGUCCAGGGCAAGGCCAGACAGGUCACAUGGGUCCAGGGCCAGGCCAGACAGGUCACAUGGGUCCAGGGCCAGGCCAGACAGGUCACAUGGGUCCAGAGCCAGGCCAGACAGGCCACAUGGAUCCAGGGCCAGGCCAGACAGGUCACAUGGGUCCAGGGCCAGGCCAGACAGGUCACAUGGGUCCAGGGCCAGGCCAGACAGGUCACAUGGGUCCAGGGCCAGGCCAGACAGGCUAUCAACUCAGGUUCAGCUGAUUCCUACACUAGUAGACCCUCAGAUUCCGACGUGUCCCUGGAGGACGACCCGGAGGCGUCUCGGCUAGAAGCCGAGCGCCAGGCCCAACUGCAGCUGGAGAGAGCCAAGUCAAAACCCGUAGCAUUUGCAGUGAAGACCAACGUGAGCUACUGUGGUGCUCUAGAUGCUGACUGUCCUGUCCAAGGUGCUGCUAUCAACUUUGAAACCAAAGACUUUCUACACAUAAAAGAGAAAUACAGCAAUGACUGGUGGAUUGGUCGGCUGGUGAAGGAAGGGGCAGACAUAACUUUCAUCCCCAGCCCGGUGAAACUGGAGGCCAUGCGGAUCAAACAGGAACAGAAACAGGCCCAGAGGAAAGCGGCGAACUCAUCGUCGGGUUGGAGAUCCACACCACCUAGUGCAGCCAAACAGAAGCAGAAGCAGACAGAGCAUCUCCCACCCUAUGAUGUUGUUCCUUCCAUGAGACCGGUGGUGUUGGUGGGGCCGUCCCUGAAAGGCUAUGAGGUAACAGACAUGAUGCAGAAGGCCCUGUUUGACUUCCUGAAACACAGGUUUGAUGGAAGAAUCUCUAUCACGCGGGUGACUGCUGAUCUGUCAUUGGCCAAAAGGUCUGUAUUGAACAAGAAGGCUAUCAUGGAGAGGUCCAAUACACGCUCCAGUCUUGCUGAGGUCCAGAGUGAGAUUGAGAGGAUUUUUGAGCUGGCUAAGACUCUACAGUUCGUAGUUCUGGACGCAGACACUAUCAACCACCCAGCACAGCUCCUCAAAACAUCCCUGGCUCCUAUCAUCAUUUACGUUAAGGUGUCCUCUCCAAAGGUAAGGACUGAUCCACUACCAGCACACGGUUAUCAGCCAGUCAGUCAGCCAUAUAGUCAGUCAGCCAGUCAGCCAGUCAGCCAGUUAGUUCUUCAGAGGCUCAUUAAAUCUCGGGGGAAAUCUCAAAGUAAACACCUCAAUGUACAGAUGAUGGCAGGGGACAAACUAGCACAGUGUCCACCCGAGAUGUUUGAUGUGAUCCUGGAUGAGAACCAGCUGGAGGAUGCAUGUGAACACCUGGCAGAAUACCUGGACAUCUACUGGCGCGCCACUCACCUGCCCUGCUCCGCCCCCCUCAACCCCCUAUUGGACCAGAGCGAGGUCACCCCGCCCUCCGCUAACUCCAGCCAACAGUUCUCUGAGACUCAAGAGUUAAUAGAAUGAUCACUCCUUAGCUACCACAGGUCUGGAUGUGGUAAAGAGACCAAUCCAACUCGACCGAAAUCCCAUAUCAACGCCAUUCAGAAUCUCCUCAUUGCCCUCCAUAAAAAUUUGCCUACAUUUAGGCUAUUGUUUAUAUGUGUAUUUGACACUAUUUUGGAGUGAAAAUCAGAUUAAAAUGCUUGUAUGGAUGUCAACCCCAAUACAGGUUCAUGUCAUCAUCACUAAUCAACUGAUUUACCCUUAAAAACAGCUUCAAGUACCACCACCGAUUUCUAUAUGCUAGCUACGCUACCAGCUUCUACGAACAGAAAUUAGCAUUUAACAGACUUUUUUAUAAUCACGAAAAGGACUAUUUCUAAAUAUUAUGCAGCGAAAACAGUAGCAACCACAUUGUGGGCCUGUUAGAACACAAAGAUCUUGACAGAUUUGAAGAAUAUCCACUUUGUAUAAUCUGAUUUUUAGAAUGUGUUUUUAGAUGGUAUCCUUUGCUGUUUCCCCGCGGUCUGCGUUCCAUUGAUCUCUUAACGGCACAUAUUGCUCGCUCUCGUUUGCUUGAUAACUUGUUUUUUUCCCUGGUCUGUUUUGUAUUGUGACACAGAGGAAUCAAACAUAUAUGAAUCAGAGCACAUCAAAGCACAUUAUCAAAGCACAAACUUGCACACUGUCAUCUACAACUCUCAUGUAUAUUUAUCAUGUAUCAACAUAAUGGAUCUACAGAAGAUCAGAGUAGUUUUGCCAUUGAAUCCACCAAUCAGAUCGCAGAUAGGGACCGAGAUAGGAGGAGUCAGACCAGACACUUUUGCAUGUCUGCCUGAAAUGUAUAUAUAAAAAAAUGUAAUGACUAAAAAGAUCAUCAGUACUUGAGGAGAUACGUUAACCGUUUGUAGGGAAGUUCUAAACUUUUAGGCAACACACGAACACUCUCCCUAAAACCAAUUCCAGACUGUCCAGAAUGUAUCACUGUGCAGCCUACAGAACAGGACUUUACUGUAGCUCUCCUCCUACUGGCAGGAUUCAGUCUGAUCUGUUUCCUCAGACACUACAUCACACUCAAUGUAGGCUAUUUGAGCAGUUGAGUAGCACUUCUUAUAACAAGAUCAGUUAAAGUUCUGAUAAUGAAUUUAGUUAAAGUCCCCGUGCUCCAGUAGUGAGUAGCCUAUAAAUGAUGCUUCCACUAUAAUUCAGUUCUUAGGAAUUAUGAUGUAAAUCUAGCCAUUCCACUGUAACCACAAGGACAGUGACAAAGCAGAGAGGAAGAGGAAGAGAGAGGCCCAACUCGGCAGCAAAUCGGUCUCCCUCCAGCAGGUGGCGUUUUUAUGUUGUUUCACCCAUCAAGCAAUGAGUUUUUGGAUGGUUGUCAAUGAGAGAGUGUUGAAUUUGGUCAACAAAAUCAUUUAUGGGUUAUUUGCUACGUGAGGUUUAUUUGAUCAAAUAGAAGUUUUGUAAUGCUUAAAUUGUUACUAGUGUACUGAUAUAAGUUGGAAAAAACACUUUAUAUCGGAGUUGUCUCGAAAUGGCUAUGCAUAUUCAUGGCAUGAGGCUAGUAGCAAUAGCGUCUCUCUCCGUUGAGUACAGGAGGUUGAUGACAACAACCAUCAUUGAAUAUUCAAAAAAUUAUUAUAAUAAUGAGAUGUAAUCAACCAAUCCAAAGAAAGGAUAGGCGGGAGCUAGACAGCCUGCUGUGCCGCUUUGUGGACAACGACUCCCAUUGUUAGGGAGGAGAGACGUAUAUCUUGUCAGUAUAUCCAUAAUCCUUGGCCAAAGGGUGUCCAUAGCACUUCCUGUCAUUCAUGUGUGUGGAGCGAGGGACCUCUAGUGGUGGGCUUGUGUCACGACACCUGAAGUGACAUAGUAUUCAAUGUUACCCAAUUGUAAUACCAUAAUAGAAUGUCAACUCAUAAUGAAUCUGAAUAUAAUAGGUAAUCUAUUCACUAUGGAUAGCUCUCUGCUUGAGGAAAAAGGAGAAUGAUGAUGUGUUGACCAUAUGUAGAACAAACACCAUUUGUAUGAGCUUCCAACCUUUACCAAUUCGUAACAUAUUGUAACAUAUUGUUACGAAUUGGAAUUAGCAACAUAUCAUACAAAUUUCAGGAUUAUAAUUUAAAUUAAUCAAGCAAAUGUAUUUAUAAAGCCCUUCUUACAUCAGCUGAUGUCACAAAGUGCUGUACAGAAACCCAGCCUAAAACCCUAAACAGCAAGAAAUGCAGGUGUAGAAGCACGGUGGCUAGGAAAAACUCCCUAGAAAGGCCAAAACCUAUGAAGAAACCUAGAGAGGAACCAGGCUAUGAUGGGUGGCCAGUCCUCUUCUGGCUGUGCCAGGUGGAGAUUAUAACAGAACUUGGCCAAGAUGUUCAAAUGUUCAUAGAUGACCAGCAGGGUCAAAUAAUAAUAAUCACAGUGGUUGUAGAGGGUGCAACAGGUCAGCACCUCAGGAGUAAAUGUCAGUUGGCUUUUCAUAGCCGAUCAUUCAGUGUAUCUCUACCGCACCUGCUGUCUCUAGAGAGUUGAAAACAGCAGGUCUGGGACAAGGUAGCACGUCUGGUGAACAGGUCAGGGUUCCAUAGCCGCAGGCAAAACAGUUGAAACUGGAGCAGCAGCACAGCCAGGUGGACUGGGGACAGCAAGGAGUCAUUAGGCCAGGUAGUCCUGAUUCAUGGUCCUACAGCUCAGGUCCUCCGAGAGAAAGAAAGAGAAAGGGAUAGUAAAAGAGAGAGAGAAAAUUAGAGAGAGCAUACUUAAAUUCACACAGGAAACCGGAUAAUAACAGGAGAAAUACUCCAGAUAUAACAGACUGACCCAAGCCCCCCGACAUAUAAUCUACUGCAGCAUCAAUACUGGAGGCUGAGACAGGAGGGGUUGGGAGACACUGCGGCCCUGUUCGACGAUGCCCCCGGACAGGGCCAAACAGGCAGGAUAUCACCCCAUCCACUUUGCCAAAGCACAGCCCCCAAACCACUAGAGGGAAAUCUUCAACCACCAACCUACUAUCUUGAGACAAGGCUUAGUAUUGCGUAUUGUGCACAGCAUCAUACGAAAGGGAGGACGUUGUGCACAGCAUCAUACGAAAGGGAGGACGUUGUGCACAGCAUCAUACGAAAGGGAGGACGUUGUGCACAGCAUCAUACGAAAGGGAUGACGUUGUGCACAGCAUCAUACGAAAGGGAGGAUGUUGUGCACAGCAUCAUACGAAAGGGAUGACGUUGUGCACAGCAUCAUACGAAAGGGAGGACGUUGUGCACAGCAUCAUACGAAAGGGAGGACAUUGUGCACAGCAUCAUACGAAAGGGAGGACGUUGUGCACAGCAUCAUACGAAAGGGAGGACAUUGUGCACCAUUUUCACCAACCCGUUUUGGCUCAUGAGUGCUACUUUCAAAACUACUGGUUAAAUUAUAAAACACCUUUAUAAGGUUUCUUUAAAGGAGCUACAUGUAUGUUUUUUUGCAUAGUAGUACAGACCUGAAGCUUUCCCAAGAAAACACGAGCUUUAAGCACAGAGCAGCACGCGUCUCAGUACAGAAAAACACUCACAUAAGUAUUGCUUUAUCAUUACAUAAAGCUAUACAUUAAUGAAAUGAAUUACUACCACAGUUAAUUAAAUGUAUGUGCAUGACAACAUAUUUAUUUAAAAGGAACGUCAUAUUUAUUUUACAAGUAAAAGGAACGUCAUAUUUAUUUUACAAGUAAAAGGAACGUCAUAUUUAUUUUACAAGAACAUAUCAUAUUUAUUUCUAUGUAGAAGGGCUUUCCAGGACCAUAAUAAGUCACUAUAGCUUUUCACUUGUCAUUCUGAAGAGAAAAUGAAUGGAUGACAAUCACAUGAUGUAUUCAGUAUUUAUGUAUCAUUACAUAUUUGUAUAUAUUGUAUAUUUAAGCAAUAAGGCCUGAGGGGGUAUGCUAUAUGGCCAAUAUACCACGGCUAAGGGCUGUUCUUAGACACAACGCAACAUGGAGUGCCUGGAUACAGCCCUUAGCUGUGGUAUAUUGUACCAUGUACCACAAACCCCCGAGGUGCCUUAUUGCUAUUAUAAACUGGUUACCAACUUUAAAAAUAUAUAUGUUUUGUCAUACCCAUGGUAUAUGGUCUGAUAUACCACAGCUGUCAGACAAUCAGCAUUCAGGGCUCGAACCACCCAGUUUAUAAUUAAUUCUCAGUUCUUCCUCAGUAAUAUUAAGGUGCACAAAAUCUACAAAUGUUGACAGACAACAUCUAGAAAAUGUACUGUAGACCUACUUAAAUGCUCAUGUCUUCAAAGCCUCAUAAGCAUGUAUUUAUAUAUAAAUAGUGUGUUUUCUUUCUUUUUAGUAUGAAACACUGAACGUGUCCACUACUUUUGAGCAGAGCCAUGUGCCCUGGUCAAACUAUGUGCACUACAGGGGACAGGAGGCCAUUCAGAUGCAACCACUGUAAUUAUUUCCAUUGAUUGACCUCUAACCUAACAUUUUUGCAGUUUUGAGAGACAUUAUAAGGCUUGAGAACUACACAACACACACACACACACAUACACCAACCAAGCACAGUUUCACUGCUGAAACACAACAAUCUGAAUCAAUCUCACUUGCAUUCCAUUUUUAUUGCAGGUAAUUUAUAUAUAUUUUUUAAACAAGUAAAAUCUUUGGAUAUCCGAAGCACAAUUUUUUACUAUUAUAAUUUUCAAUCGUUUCCCGCCCGACAUACCUAAAUUCUGUAUGCAAUACAAAGUCUUCUAGCUCCGACAAGACAGUAGCUGAACCUAUCAAGACUCCUCUUCUGUUUAAGACGGGGUAAAAACUGCACUAUUUUUAUUUUUAUGUCUGAUUUAUAUUUAUACUGCAAUACAUGCACUAAAUGUAACUGCUGUACCCACCACCACCUCCAAUACUGAAUAUGAUGUCUGGUGUAAUAACAACAAUGUUCAGAAAAGUCAACAUAUGAAAUGUCCUACUAACCUGCUGUACCGAAUGCAUCUGUUUUCAAUAGCACAUUAUGAAAAAUAAACAGAACAUUUGACUGA